AUGGAGCUAGCCUCUGUGAGAUGUGCACUGAGCCCAAGAAGCCAUAUUUCUUACUUGAUGGAUGGUGGUGAGAGUGAUGCUAGUAAGGCUGGCAAAAGGAGGAGAAAAGAUUCUUCUUUGGCCAUCUUAGAAGCCAAUGAACAGCCACAAGAACGGCAACCACAGGGUGACCGAUCAACCACCACCACCACAACCACCAUAAAGAGAAGCUCAAGGUUUCGAGGAGUUAGCAGACAUAGGUGGACUGGAAGGUUUGAGGCUCACCUAUGGGAUAAAGGAACAUGGAAUCCAACUCAGAAAAAGAAAGGGAAGCAAGUUUAUCUUGGGGCUUAUACUGAUGAAGAAGCGGCUGCUAGAGCUUAUGAUUUAGCUGCACUAAAGUACUGGGGAACUUCAACUUGCACAAAUUUCCCUGUGUCUGAGUAUGAGAAAGAGAUUGGGAUCAUGAAAACGGUAACCAAAGAAGAAUACCUUGCUUCAUUAAGAAGGAGAAGCAGUGGUUUUUCUAGAGGUGUAUCAAGGUACAGAGGAGUAGCAAGGCACCAUCAAAAUGGCAGAUGGGAAGCAAGGAUAGGGAGAGUAUUUGGCAACAAGUACCUCUACCUUGGGACUUACAGUACACAAGAAGAGGCUGCUCGAGCAUAUGACAUAGCAGCAAUUGAGUACAGAGGCAUAAAUGCAGUGACAAAUUUUGACUUGAGCACAUACGUCAGAUGGCUAAGACCUGGAGAACCCUCUUCUUCUUCUUUACUAGUGGGAAAGCCAAACACAGAUCCUCAGAACAUGACAACCUCAAACCCUGUCCAAGCAGAAGGAACCACUCAGAUAUCCAACUUCAUACUCCAUCCAUUCCCAGCUGGUGCUUCUGACAGUACAAAGAAGCAAGACAGUUCACAAUACAGGAGCUCUCUAGGUGUUUGCAAUAACAAGUCACCUUCUCCAACAGCACUAGGGAUUCUCAUGAAAUCCUCAGUAUUUAGUGAUCUGAUGCAGAAGAAUCUGAAUUCUGCUAAAGAAGAAACAGAAGAAAGUGAAUUGAAAAUCCCACAAGAAGGCAGUGAUGGGGUUGGAGUGGCUUUUGAUCAUGAAAUUGCGAGUAACCCUUUCUUAUGCCCUUCCAAUAAUAGCAUAUUUUGCAUGGAGUCACCAGGAGAAAACAUUUGGCCAUUGUAUCAUAGAACCACGCAAUCCCUGUGGAAUGGUGCUUUAAACUGA